AUGAACCGCAACUCUAGUGACAAGCCAAAUGAUUUACCGCCUCGAUUUGCUCGAUUGCACAACGAUACUCAUCAAAACCAUUCAGAACAGCAGCAAAAGCCCGGGUUUCGUCGACCUGAGCCAAAUAAUUCGAAUUCAAACAGAAACAGAAAUUCAAACAACCAAAACUCUGAGCAAGAUGAUGUAGCACAACCAUUCAGUCAGAUGAAUUUGGGGCAAUCACGCUCUCACAUGGGGCGACCAAAUGUAGUUAAUGGCGAUAUGUUGGAUAGACCUCCAGUGCAAAAUCGACGAAACAACUUCCCGAGCAGUACCAAUGGGCAUCGUCAGCAUAACCAGCAUCCAAACCGAAAUCAAUCCGGCAAUGAGAGGCACAGCAACGGCAAGGACAAAGUAAAUGAAAGCCAACGUGAAAUAAUGGGCGAACUUCUGAGCAAGGCCAAGUACGAGUGCAUUGUCUGCUGCGAAGCCAUAAAGUUCAGUCAAAAGACCUGGAACUGCUCCAACUGCUUUAAUGUCUUUCACCUAAAGUGCAUGCAGAUGUGGGCUAGACAAUCGAAUGUCACCGAAAGUAAUGCCGCAACUGCAAACUCGGCAAACGGCAGCGCAGCCAAUGAAAAUGGUUCCGCUGCAAAUGGUGGUGGUGGUGGUGGCCAGUCAGCUCAGAAUGGCCACAAUCGACGAACCAACCGCCAAGCAAACAGUGACUGGCGAUGUCCUACCUGCCAGUGCGUCCAGAAGAAGUUUCCUUACGCGUACUACUGCUUCUGUGGAAAGGUGAAGGAUCCUGAGCUGAGUAACUCCUGGCACUUGCCUCACUCCUGCGGCAACACCUGCUCUCGUUCACUGGCCAUUUUCAAUGAUAAGGGUGAAAAUGAAGUGGACACCUUUCCAUGUUCGCACAAGUGCACACUAAAGUGCCACCCUGGCAAAUGUGCACCCUGUUCUUCAAAGGUGGAGCGAACCUGCUCUUGCAAAAAGACGAAGGUUUUUACAAGCUGCAUUUCUAAAAUUUCCGAGAUUCAAUGCGACGAGCAAUGCAACAAGCUACUGAGUUGCGGGAAGCACAAAUGCGAGCUCAAAUGCCACUUUGGUAACUGUGAUACUUGUCAGGUGAAGUUCGAUUUGGAAUGCUUUUGCGGAAAGGAGACUAAAGAGGAAAUCGCCUGCUCAAGCCAGUCUGCACAAUUUUCUUGUAAUCAAAAGUGCUCCAAGCGUUUGGGUUGUGGCUUCCACCAGUGCCAAGAUGACUGUCACCCAGGCAGCUGUGGCCCCUGUCCAUUUAACCCUGCCAUCGUCAAGAACUGUCCCUGCGGAAAUACCCUCGUCUCUGAGCUGCUCAACGGCAGGAACAGGCUGCUGUGCAUUGAUCCAAUUCCCACUUGCAGCAAAGUGUGCAAUAAGCGACUGGUGUGCGGCACUGAGGCUGAGCCGCAUUUUUGUGCCGAGAAAUGUCACUCUGGCGCCUGUCCGCCCUGUCCGCAGAAGUCCAUUCUACGCUGCGAGUGUGGCGCCAACUCGCAAAAGUUUGACUGCAAGGACGUCACCUCAAGUCGCUUCAAGUGCAAGCGUCGCUGUAACAAGAAGCUGAGCUGUGGGCGACACAAAUGUCUUAAUGAGUGCUGCACUGACAAGGAGCACACCUGUCGCCAAGUUUGUGGCCGAAAGCUCGACUGCGGCAGUCACACUUGCGACGAGCCCUGCCACUCCUUCUGCAAGUCCUGCCCGAAUGUCAUCUGGACUGAGGUGUACUGCAACUGCGGCGAGCAAGUCCUCUACCCUCCACUGGCCUGCAGCACCAAACGACCGCCCUGCACUGAGCCCUGCGCCCGUGUGCACCAGUGCCCCCACCCGCCCACUCACCAGUGCCACGACGACCCACAGUGUCCGCCCUGCACUGAGUUUGUCAGCCGACAGUGCUACGGCGGUCACGAGACCAUCACCACGGUGCCCUGCUACCAGACCGGGGUCUCCUGUGGGCGGUUCUGCAAGAAGGCCCUUGCCUGCGGCAUGCAUCACUGCGUAAAGGUCUGCCACCAGGGCGACUGUCCGGUGUGCACUCAGAAGUGCACCAAAGCUCGACUGGGCUGUGAUCAUCUGUGUGCCCUUCCCUGCCACCAGAGCACCUCCUCUGCCAGCAGCAGCAGCUGUCCGGAAAGUCGGUGCAAGGAGGUGGUGAAGGUGUUCUGCAAGUGCAAGCUGAAGAGCCAGGAGCUGCAGUGCCACGAGGUGAACGAUCCGAAGAAGUUUCAGGCCUCCGUCGACAGCAUGGUCACUCGGUACAGCUUUGACGCGAUAACGCUGAAUGAGAUCAAGCAGAUGGUGCAGUACAACACCAUUCACCAGUUGGACUGCGAUGAGAAGUGCGCCAAGGAGAAGCGAAACAGGGAGCUCGCCGAGGCGCUCGGCAUUGAGGGUCACUCGGACUUUCCCGUGGUUAAGUACUCGGAUUUUCUCAAGAAUGAGGCGCGCUCCAAUCCGCAGCUCAUUUUGUCCAUUCACGAUAAACUGGUGAUGUUGUUGGUGAACUUCAAAAAGAGCAACAGCAAGACAAUGUGCUACAACUUUCCGCCGAUGAAUCGAAAUGCACGCGAGAUUUUGCACAACAUGGCCGCCGUCUUUGGCUGCAAAUCGGAGUCAGUGGAUCGAGAACCAAAUCGCAGCAUAAUUGUAACAGCCUCAAAGACAUCAUUCAUUCCGGAAGUGUCUCUCCUCGAGGCGAUCAAUGUGGAUGCUAAUCAGUUGCGACCAAAACAAUCAGUGGUGAAGGUAAAGACUUCAAGUGAGGAAAACAAAGACAAGAAGGUGAUUGAUUACUUCAACUUUGAUGGUCAAGAUUAG